AUGAAACAACAGAAAGAAUUUAUACAAGUGUGGAAUACUCUUGAAAUUAUCGAUAACGAAGAUAUAUAUGAAGCAAUUACAAAAGAAUAUCUUAAUUCUUUAAAUCCAACGUGUCUUCCACCACAUAUAUUACGCUUAAGAAAAUACACUGUUAUUAUGCUUAUUAGAAAUCUUAAUAUUAAUGAAGGUUUAUGCAAUGAUACUAGACUGUUAGUUUUAAAUUUAGAAAAUAACUUAUUACGAUGCGAAAUUUUGUCAGGUAAUAAGAUUGGAGAAAUUAUUUUUCUUAACCGAAUUACUUUAUAUUGUGAAAAUAUAUAUCCAUUCACUUUCAAAAGAAGACAAUUUCCAGUGAAAUUAGCAUUUGCUAUGACUAUAAAUAAAUCACAAGGACGAACUUUCGAAAAAGUUGCAGUAGAUCUUCGAAAAAAUAUUUUUAAUCAUGGACAAUUGUAUGUUGCAUUAUCAAGAGUAUGUUCUUGGGAUUCAUUAAAGGUUUAUUUAGAAGAUAAUAAUCUGAAUCGUGUAAAAAAUUACGUUUACAAAGAAGUACUUGAAUGA